UCAGAUUACCUGGCCAAAUACAUACAAAAUCAGUGGCCCAUCUAUAGAAUACGGUCAGAUGCUUUUGUAAAUUCAUUCACUAAACAAGUUCCAUUCUGUGCUCAACAUCAUCAUUCGAUUGUGCUACGGCUGCCGUUUCGGCUGGAAUUUUCAUAUUUUGCUAGCCGGAUUUUCAGUUUCAAUAAUUUUUUGUGAUAAGCGAUAAUAAAAAUUUCCAACAAGUUGCAGUUGAACGACGCAUUUUUUUUUUUGUUCAUUUUCUUUAACGAAAAGAAACUAACGUGUGAAGCAAAAACUUGAAAAAUAAAAAAAAGAUGGUCGCAAGAAGGAUUGAAGUGGUGUUUUUGUUGGCAUUGUGUGCUACAUUCUCAUUAGCUUAUGUGGUUCCGAAGGCUCGAAUCGAUGUACUGCAUCCAAAAGGUUUUUCCGUUUCCAUACCAGACACACCGGGUAUACAGCUCUUUGCGUUCCACGGCAAUUUAAAUUCGCCCAUGGAAGGUUUAGAAAAUGGGCAAUUUUCCGCCGAUAUUCUGAAACACAAAAACGGACGAUGGACAUUCACAAAUCGAAAGCAUGAAAUCAAACCGGGUGACAUUUUGUAUUAUUGGUUGUAUGUGCAAAAAGAAUCACUUGGCUAUCGACGCGAUGAUCAGAAGCAUGAGUUCACAGAAGCCGAUGUGUAUGGUGGAUCGAAUUCAACUUACGAAGAGCCGAGCACUGAAUACAGUGCUCCUGACUACACGGAACGUCCAUCGAGACCGACUCAACCACCAAGAGGUGGUACAUACGGUGGUGGUGGUGAAAGAGGUACAUCAGUGAAUGAAAACUGUAACGCAAGUACGCCACCAAUGCGAGUAUUCCCGGCCGAAGUGCAUCACUAUCAUCAUCAUUUCUUGCCAACGCUCGCACCAGGUUCGUGCCCUCCAUACGGUGGUGGCGGCGGCGGAGGAGGAGAUCAACAUGGUGGUAGUUUUGGAGGCAGCAACGGAGGUGGCAGCAACGGAGGUGGUAGCAGCAGUUUUCCGAAUCCAGAGGGUCAAAGCGGUGGUGCUGGACAAUCGGCCAGUAUUCAACAGCUAACCCAUCAAAUGCGACAAGUAAUGGCUGCACUGGAAAAUAUGAAAUUAAAAGUUGCCACACUAUCGGAAGUCGUCGAUGAAUUGAUUAAUUCAAAUACCAAUACCAAAUUGUUGCUGACCGGCGCUAAAGUUGAUACCACAACCAAUUUAUUCGAUCUAGUGCGACACAUCAUUUUGGAUCGAUUGGAUUUGAAAGAUUUGAAAAAUGACAUUUAUUCGGCUACACGCACCAAAAAGGGUAUCGUCUUUGAUGUUGCAUCCGGUUUGGAUAAACGACGUAUUUUGGCCCGGUCUCGUGAACGUUUGCGUGGCGACGAUGAAGAGCUACGUAUUUCUGAUUACUACGAUGGAGACAGCAACAAAAAUAAUAAUAGUGACAAUGAUGAUGGUUCAUCGGAAUCAAUAAUUGAUACUCGAUUUGGUGACGAGUGAUGGGCAAAUUUUGCACAGAUUUCACUUGCAAUUGUUCACACCCAUAAAGCAGAAAAUUUUCAAUGCCAGACACACACAAUACCGAGAGAUGGAGAGAGAGAGAGAGGAGCAUAUUUUAUUUUGUAUUACCUAUUUUUUACUUGUAAAUAAACAUCAAAAAGAAAAAUUCUCUGUAGAUAUCCGUUUACUUUCGUAUAAUUCGUUUUGUUGUUUAAGUUCGUAAAAAAAAAGAAAGAAAUAAACUUAUUACCAAUGGA